GCCGUGCUGCUCUGGAGUGAAUUGCUGCAGGCUGAAGCUCCUGGCCCCUGCCCAGCUCCCAACCUCGGCAGGUGCCGAGCUACUGAGCUUUGCCCAAGAAGAGAGACAAGCGUCAUCAUUGCUUAGAUAAGAUAAAGCAUGACCAAAACCUUGUUACCCUUGGCAGGUGUGGCUAGAUGCUGACUGGAAUUUGUGCAGCUCAGAGGAAUAGCCAGGCUCUUCAGCUGCAGGGAGGGUGGCAGAGUCUCUUUAAAACAUGGAGACUUGAUGCUGGAGCCCAACAGGGAAGCUCUUCUGUUUCGCCCUGCCCUGGAGAAAAAGACUUUGAGAAGAUGGAGAACCAGAGUGGAGUGCUCUUGGGAUACGUUUGCUGGGAAGGAAAAGAGGAAGGGGUUGAGGAGGAUGGGGUAGCUCCUCGUGUGUCUCCUCCCAGCCAAAUGAGCAGACUGGAAGAUGUGCAAGUGGAGAUGCUUGAGAAGGCAAGGGAGCUCUUCCAGCUCUGUGACAAGGAUGAGAAGGGUUUUAUCACCAAGGUGGACAUGCAGCGGCUCCAGAGUGAACUCCCACUAACCCCUGAGCAGCUGGAGACUGUUUUUGACAGCUUGGAACAGAAUAAUAAAGGAUACCUGACACCUGUGGAGUUCAGCAUGGGUCUAGGAAAGUUAAUAGGGAUUGAGCUGUGUCAAGGGGCUGGGAGAAUGGAUCACUCCAGACAUGAGGAGACCUUUGAAUCAGGCUGGUCAGAUGACUUGGACCCUGCAGAUGAUGAUGAUGAAGAGAAACGAUUCUGUUCCAUGAUGGAGCAGCUUGGAGCAGCCCAGUUGUUUGAAGACCCACGUGAGAUUCGGGAACUCUGGGCUCGCCUACGAAAGGAGCGUCCGGAGCUCUUAUCCAAUUUGGAAGAGUUUCUGUUGCGUGUUUCAUCGUAUAUAAAGGAGGUGAAUCAUGAGAAGGAGUCUAUGGAGCAAGCCUUGAAGAGGAAGGAGUCAGAUCAUGAUCGAGAAGUCAGAUGCCUUUAUGAAGAAAUGGAACAACAGAUCAAAGCAGAAAGGGAGAAGCUGGUCUGCCAGGAAGCACUGAGGCAUGACAGGAGUAACCUGCUCCAGAAGGAACUGCACAACAAAGAGCAGGAGCUGGAGAAAAUCCUCUACCGCCAGAAGAAGCUGGAACAUCAGCUACAGUCGCUGAACUCGGAGCAGCUGGAGACCCGUGUGCAGAACGAAAGGCUCCGGCACCUGAAUGAAAACCUGCUGGAAGAGCUGGAGAAAAGCAAAUGGGAGCUAGAGGCAGUGAAGGGGCAAUUGCAGAAGCUCCAGAAAGAGGCUCAGCUUGAGCAAGAGCAGAAGGACAGGGAUGUGUUUAGAGUCUCCAAGAACAUGCAGAAAGAGAAACAAAGCCUCCUUCGGCAGCUGGAGCUCCUCAGAGAAAUGAACAAGAAACUUCGAGAUGAGCGAGAUGCUUUUGAAGCCAAGAAGCUGGUGCCUCAGAACAAAAAGCCCCUGUUGAAGAAAGGGUCAGUGCUAGGCAGUUGCCUGCUGGAGGACAAGCCUGUCAAACGACAACUGGCCUCUGCGGACCUUCCCUUCACCUUCCCCGUGGAUGUGGCAGUGGAAGAACCCAACAGAAAGAACUGUAAAUACUUCCCAGGCAACGGGGUAUGGAUGAAGACAGGAGAAGGAGGCAACACAAACUUUGGAGAGAACAGCAGAGAUGAGGAGAGAUGGCCUUUGGCAGCAGAUCCUGAGUGGUUUAAGAUGGCUUUGAAGGGUAACUCUGACUGCAGAAAAAAUGCAGAUGGCUUAGAUGCUGCUCUGCUGCCUCCUCGAGCCCAGCCUGUUGGCACUGAAAGCAAGCUCCAAGCACUGGAACCAGUGAGCUGUUCCCCAGAUCGCAUCUUUAAAGUGGUUUUUGUAGGGAAUUCUGGUGUUGGGAAGAGUUCCUUCAUCCACCGCUUCUGCUAUGACAGGUUCUUGGCUGAGCUCAAUGCAACCAUUGGUAUCGAUUAUCAGGUGAAGAGUCUAAUGGUGGAUAACACCCAGGUUGCCUUGCAGCUGUGGGAUACAGCUGGACAAGAGAGGUUCCGGAGCAUCACCAAGCAGUAUUUCCGCAAGGCAGACGGGAUCCUGGUGAUGUACGACAUCACGGCCGAGUGCUCCUUCCUGGCGGUGCAGAACUGGAUGAGCAGCGUCCAGGAAGGUAUAGAGGAUGGAGCUGUGGUCUUUCUGCUUGGAAAUAAAUUGGAUGCUGUGCAGAGAGAGACCCGGAAUGUGCCCAGGAUGGAGGGGGAAAGGCUUGCCAAGGAGUACAAGGCUGUGUUCUACGAGUGCAGCGCCAUGACUGGAUACAACGUCAUGGAGCCCAUGCUGCACAUGGCCAGGUUGCUGACAGCACAAGAAGACAGGCAGAGGGAGAAUGCCCUGCAGCUGGAGGAUAUCAGCAGGAGGAAAGGGUGCUGCACAUAAAGCACACCAAUGUGUCAGCAAGAGUCAUGUGCCAAUGCUGUAUCAUGAAGCUGGGGGUUCCUUUCAAGCAAGCUGAAUUUGAUGGUGUCAGCUCUCUAGAGACUUGGGGAAGGUGCAGCUUUUCCAGUCUGUGAAUUUGAGGUAUAAAUCAGGCCAAAAUGUGCAUAUUAUCUGCACUGUUCUACUUCCCAAGUCUGCAUGCAGCCCUGGUCUCUUGAGGCCUCUGCUUCUUUAGGGGAAUUUGGCUGGUCUUAGCUAGUAGCACAGACUGGGCCCUCUGUCUGGAGAUACUGGUUCCCUGUAAAGGGACAAAGUCUUGAUCCUGUUCUUUCUGGCAAAGUGGCCUAGCAGCAGAGAGCAGAGGACACAGUGGGUCUGUAUUAAAUAGAAUUUCAGUGUAAGAGAGAAAAAAACCAUUUUAAUUUUGGACUAGCUCUAAGUAGUGAUCCGUCUGUCUCAGAGAGAAGCAUGUCCUCUUGGUUCUGCAGCAGCAGUGCUCAACUGAGAGCCUGCUGUGGUGAGUGAGAAUGCUUCCACCACUUCCUGCAAGAUCUGAAUUUAGUGCAGGAUUUGGUUGGACUUGUCAAUAUUGUAGCUAACAGGUUCCAUAUGUGAUUAUAGUAUGAGCGGAUAGGACAAGUCAUCCCAAUGGCUUUCAUUGCUUUGUCACCCUUCUGGACCUUUCCACUGUCCUGGUGUAUGUUUACAGAACACAGAACAGUUGCCCUGGGACCCACAGGCGCUGGCAUGUGCUGCUGAUUCAUAGCCCGUUGCAGGAGCUGUGCUGGACAAACCAGGGGAGCCAUAUAUAGCCUGUUUUAAGGCUGAAUGCUGCCUGUUUCCUCCCAUUCUCUUAUCCUUUCCUGAAGAAUCUCC